ACUGCAUUUAGUAUUGCAGAAAGAGAAAGACUGUCUAUUCGUGGAUUAGUACCACCUCGUUGUCAGGAGAUGGAUAAACAGUUACUUCGAAUUAAGCGUAACUUGGAUGCAUUAGACACACCUUUAGCAAAGUUUGUCUUUUUAACUGCCCUCCAAGAUCGUAACGAGACAUUGUUCUACAAGCUGCUGAUCACUCAUUUAGAAGAAUUGGCCAGUAUCAUUUAUACCCCAACAGUGGGCCAAGCCUGUUUACUCUCUCACUCCAUCUAUCGUCGCUCUCGUGGUAUGUACUUUUCUUCACAAGACAGAGGUGCUAUGUCAGCUAUGGUUCAUAACUGGCCUCAUGAUGAAGUUGAUGUCAUUGUUGUCACGGAUGGUUCCCGUGUACUCGGUUUAGGUGAUUUGGGUGCCAAUGGUAUGCAAAUCCCGAUCGGUAAACUCAGUUUGUAUGUUGCCGCAGGAGGUAUCCGACCACGCUCGGUUCUACCUGUUGUCUUGGAUGUUGGUACUAAUAAUGAAUCAUUACUACAUGAUCCUCUUUACCUUGGUAUGGGUCACCCAAGACUAGAUGGAGAGGAAUACUAUUCUUUUGUUGAUGAAUGGGUUACUGCUAUUCAAAGUCGAUGGCCAAAUGCCCUUAUCCAAUUCGAGGAUUUCAAAUACCCUCACGCAUACAACUUACUCAACAAGUAUCAAAACAAGGUCACUUGCUUCAAUGACGAUAUCCAAUCCACUUCUGCCAUUACCUUGGCUGGUCUUUUAGCCUCACUCAAGGCUCGUGGUCGUUCUCAAGACAGCCUUGCAGAGGAGCGUAUUGUUUGUGUGGGCGCUGGUUCUGCUGGUGUCGGUGUAUGUGAAGGUAUCAUUGAUGCCAUGGUCUCACAAGGAAAGGUUCGCUCUCGUGAAGAAGCUUACUCUCGCAUCUGGAUGUUGGAUCAAUACGGUUUACUAGGUAACCCCUCGAUCGGUACCAACACAUCAUCAUCAUCAACAACCAAUGGUGUCGAAAAGCGAACACUGGACGAACGUCAACAGUGCUACGUCAAAUCUGACUUGCCUGAUCGUCUCAAUCUUGAAGAAGUCGUCGAACGUGUCAAGCCUACAGCUAUUUUGGGUCUUACAGGUGUUCCUGGUGUGUUUACGGAGAAGGCUAUUCGUACUAUGGCCAAGUACCAAGAAAAACCCAUCGUAUUCCCUCUUUCAAAUCCUGACACCCGCGCCGAGUGUACAGCUGAACAGGCCUUCAAGUGGACAGAAGGACGUGCUAUAUUUGCCUCAGGUAGUCCUUUCCCAGACGUGUUGUUACCCAAUGGUAAGCUCGGCCGAACUAACCAGUGUAAUAACUCUUACUCUUUCCCUGGUCUUGGUCUCGGCAUCACCGUUUCAAGAGCGACUCGAGUGACCCCAAGGAUGUUCCUCGAAACUGCAAAGACAAUUGCUGAUAUGGCUACACCUGCUCAACUCAAGGAAGGUAUCCUCUUCCCUGGUGUCAAGCAUCUUCGUGAGGUCGCAAAGACUGUUGGUACUCGUGUUUGCGAAGUAGCUUAUGAG